UAAUCUAUUACGUUUUUCAUAUAAUCGUGGAUGGGCAAUGGAAAAAGAGGAAGAUAUAAACUAAAAAUUUAGUGGGCUAGCAAGCGGUAAAUAAACAAAUGCAAAAAUAUAUGGAAACAAUAUGAUUUGUAGACUGUGCUUAGUUGAAUCCAAAGAUAUUUUGAACAUUUACACCGAGACAGGUGAAAUGGCUCGGAAGGAGGUAUUAAAAGUGGUGGCUCAGCAUUUCCAAAUUGAGAUUCGCUACGAUGAUACUGUGUCAAAUGUAAUAUGUUCAGUAUGUUGGAACCAACUGAACGUUUUUCAAAAAUUUUGGUUAAGUAUUGAAGAGAAGCAGAAGAACCUGAAAAGUCAUUUGCACUUGCCUGAAAUAAAACACGAUAUCGAGGAUGUUGAGGCGGAAUGGCGAAAAAACAAAUAG